GGUGUUGAGCUCUUUAUUUUGAAGCGCAGACGGGGCAGUCACAGGGGGACAGGAGAGUCACUGCGCAGACAUGUCUGUGUUCCAGCACUGCUCCGUGCUCUUUGAGCUCAAGGGUUUGCCUUUCAAAGACAAGAAGAAGAUCAAGCUCGCAGUGACUGAUAAUGGAGGGAAUAUGGCGUUUGUGGCCAGUAAACAGUGCUCUCUGGUAGUGGCCAGUGGUGUGUCCAGUCUAAGUCCCAGCAGAGUUCGUAACAUUGUGAAGUACCAGAUCCCUGUGGUUGGAGUGGAGUAUGUGCACCGCUGCCUGGAGGCGAACUGUCGACUGCCAGUGGAGGAUUUCAAGUUGGGCAUUUCACUUCCUGUUAAAAAUAAAGGCAACUGGUCUCAGAGUAAAGAUACUGCACCCAAUUCCCAGGCCAUACCUCUGCAGCCUGUAUCGCAGAGAGUGAAGUCUCCCAUGGGCAGAACAAGUGUCGUACAGUACAAACAUAGAGAAUACACUGAAAUGGACCAUGGUCUGCCCAAAUUUCCUAAGAAUUUUCAAGUGGCCAAAUACUCAGUCUUUCAAAAGCCUAACAGUCAGUGUUGGUGUUUGCUGGAGCUGCAGAGUGCUAAAAGAAAGACAGGGAGGCAGUAUCGUGUUGUCAAGUACUGGAAGGAGGACAUUCAAUCCAAGGGAGUGGCUGUGAGGGACCAUAUGGCGUUUCUGUCCAAGUCAGAAGAGGCAGUAGCGAUGUUCCAGGACCUCACAGACUCCAUGAAGACUGAUGGUCUGAAGCAACAGAGAGAUGUUCCUCCUCAAGUCUCUGAGAUUGGAUCUGCUCCACUACAGCAGCUGCUACUGGAGGAGAAGCUGAACAUGGGGGCACUGUCUCCAGAGGUGGGGCUGUUUGUGGAGCUGCUGUGGCAGGAGGCUCUGGGCUGCAUCAAUCUGACGCUCAUCACUCCAGUUCACAAGAUCAGUCUGAAUGAUGUGACCAGGGCAGAAGGACUCUUACUGCAGGUUCAAAGAAAAAUAACUGAUCAUAAAAUGGAGGAAGCGCUCUCCCUCUGGUCUGAAUACUAUACUCUUCUCCCCACACGAUUUCCCGUCAGUCCAAACAUGUCUGAGGUCUCUAAGCAGUUUGACCUUUGCCAGUUAAUUAGAGACAUUUUGAACGUCAGUGAAAUGACAUUAGGAAGUGCAAUACCGUCAAGCGUAGGUAAAUACCGGGCGCUGAGAUGUGGUAUUGAAGCAGUUCCCCCUGAUAGCUUAGAGUUUGAAGCUGUGACUUCUCUGCUUCAAACCAGUAAAAUACAAGUUCAUCAGAUUUAUCAAGUGAUCAGAGCACCGGAGCUCCAAAAUUUUAAGAGUGAACUUGGAAACAUCCAACCUCUGCUGCAUUCAUCCAGUCCUCACAACUUUGUAGGAAUCCUUUCUCGUGGCCUCCUUAUGCCUCAUGUUGCCGUGGACCAGCAUGGCAUACAAAGAACUGAUGCUGGUAACCUUGGCAGUGGUAUCUAUUUCACUGACAAUAUAAAAACUACUCUGAAAUAUUCCCAGUGCAGUUCUACAGACGGAUCCCGGUUGAUGUUGGUUUGUGACGUAGCGUUGGGGUGGUGCAAGGACCUCCUCGAGAAAGAUCUAACUCUGACCCAGGCUCCCGAGGAUUAUGACAGUGUGCACGGGGUCCAAAACAAACCUGGUGUUCAGUCCGAAUUCACGGAUGAUGAAUACGUGGUGUACAGUGCUGAUCAGGUGAAACUUAAGUAUGUGGUGAGGUUCAGCAUGGAGGGUGAUGAGCUGAAAAACUUUACUCCAGAGAUUGAUGUAUCAGAGGAACCAAGUCUGCUCUCUCCUGAACAAGGGCCAGGCACAGUUGAGGAUGGCAUCGGUGACAUAAAAAAUCCAUUAGAAAAUGUCACUGCUGGACUUCUGAAUAGUUCUGGACAACAGAUACCACUGCAGGCUGUUCAUGUCAAAUGUAAACUUAUGGACCUGCUGGCUCAGGUCAUCAUCUUUCAGAAAUACACUAAUCAGAGCGCCGUGCCUAUAGAGGCCAAGUAUGUUUUUCCACUGGAUGACUCAGCGGCAGUAUCUGGAUUUGAAGCAUUCAUUAAUGGCAAACAUGUAGUGGGACAAGUGAAAGAGAAGGAAACUGCUCGAAGACAAUACAAGCAGGCCAUUGAGAAAGGCCAUGGAGCCUACCUAAUGGACCAGGAUGCCCCUGACGUGUUUACCAUAAGUGUGGGCAAUCUCCCUCCUGGUGCCACUGUCCUGAUUAAAGUGACCUUUGUGUCUGAGCUCAUUGUUAAAGAUGGGAGUGUCUUCUUCUCACUGCCCAGCAGUGUUGCUCCAUGGCAGGAGACUGCAGCACUCAACCAGACCACCCAGGUGACAUUAGAAAAAGUCUGUGUCACUGAUGAAGGAGCUAAUGCAAGAGAAUUCAAUCUUGACAUGUCAGUCGAAAUGCCUCAUGAAAUUACUGAAGUAAAAUGUACCACUCAUAAAGUCAAAAUGAAGAAAACUGACUGUAAGGCGGUGGUGAGUGUGCUGCCUGGAGAAGUUAUGGGACCAGAAGGUUUUCAGCUCCUGGUCACUCUGACUGAGGUCCAUGUGCCGAGGAUGUGGGUCGAGAAACAUCCCAGCAAAGACAGCCAGGCUUGCAUGCUGGUUUUCUACCCAAGAUUUGAGGCCCCCUCCUGUAGAACCUCAGAUGAAGUUGUGCUAUUGUUGGAUGCAUCUCAGUCUAUGAAGGGAGAGUCCUUGAACACAGCACGAAUGCUUGCUCUGCAGAUCCUAAACAAUCUUGACCAAAAUGUCCAACUUAAUGUCAUUUUCUUUGGCACGGAUCACACAGAGGCUUUUCUGUCUGCCAGACCAGUUGUUGAAGCUCGCCAGGAAGCAAAAAAAUUCAUUAAGCACUUCUCGUCAGUGGGGGGCAGCACUGAGCUGUGGAGGCCCUUGCGUGCCCUGAGUCUGCUGCCUCCCUCCAGUGGCACAAGGAACCUGCUUCUGCUGUCCGACGGUCACAUCCAAAGCCCGGAGCUCACACUGCGGCUGAUCCGGGAGAAUAGCACGCACAGUCGGCUCUUCACCUGUGGACUGAGCCCAACAGCCAACCGGCACAUGCUGAGGGCUCUGGCUCAGGCCGGAGGUGGAGCCUAUGAAUUCUUCGACACCAAAUCCAAACAUACCUGGUUAGAGAAAGUGACAUCUCAGAUCAAGCGUAUGCUGGCACCAGGGGCACGGUCUGUGUCAGUGAAGUGGCAGCAGUUUAACCCAACAGCUCCCCCUCUUGUUCAAGCACCAAAACACCUCCAUGCCCUGUUUAAUGACUGUCACACUCUUGUCUUUGGCUUUGUGCCACACUGCACUCAGGCCACACUUCUUGGUAACCUUGGUGGAGAGGAGAUUAAAACUAUGGUGUCCACAAGUGAGCUGCAGAAGACCAAGGGCACAUUUCUUCACAAACUUACUGCAAGAGCCAUUAUUAGGGAUUUUGAAGAUGGCAGCCUCGACUCUGAUGCAGUUCUUCAUGAGGAAAAGAAAGCUGAGCUCAAGUCAUUUGUCAUUGAGCUGAGCAAAGAGUUCUCCAUCCUCUCUCAAUUCACCAGCUUUGUGGCCAUAGAGGAAAGGGACUCAGAAGAAGAGAGAGGUUUCACAGACAUCCCCAAACUAAUUGCUGAGGAAGAUGUGGACUUCUUGCCGUACAUGUGCUGGGCUGAGGAAGAAUCCACUUUGGAAAUGGAAGCUGACGAUUAUCUGGAUUACGAAGAAGACUGUUCUUAUCGUUCUGAUUCAGAGUCUCUUUUGGACACAAUUUUAGGUGAGCAGGAAGUUCAGGAAGAAGAGGAAGUAGAAGAUGAUUAUAAAGAAGUAGAAGUAGAAGGUGGACUUUUUUCUUUCUGUUCCCCUACAAAAAAAAAAGAAGAAAAAGAAGGAGAUGAAAUUAAAGAAGACGUUGGAGGUUUCACAAUCAGUGGUUUGUGGAGACAAAAAUCAAUUUCUACUAUGCCCCCUCCACCUGCCAGUCACUCUGCUCUACUGAGACAGGGGCAAAUGUCUAGAUUGAGUGACUCUGCUGACCAAAAGACACAGACUCCGGCACCUCCUCAUACCAGUGACUCUUUCCCAGACAGAUCAACAGUGAAUCUACACUUUGCCCCUAAGAGCAGGCUUACUUGUGUUCAGCAGUCAGCCCCACCACCUCCACCUGCCUUAGUCGAAGAUUCAGUUCAAGGAGCCCCUGUGGAAUUUCCUCUUGUCAGUUACUCAUUGAAAUCGAUUGAGCCAAUGCUUAAAAAACAUGGCAGAGCAAUUAGGAGCUGCUUGGAUAGUGGUCAUCAGCCACCCCAUCUGAGUCUGUCUGAGUCUUCUGAGAACAGCCAUACUUUUACCUCAGUUGAAGGUUUAGCUCCUGGUUUCUCGAGCCGACGACUUAGCCAACGACUUUGCCGACCAUCUGGGACGGGUAUAAAUCUUGACAAUGAGGUUUUAAGCUUGGAUUUUGAUCAGCAGCCACCCCCACCACCUCCCCCAGCCCAAGUCCAAAAAAACACCAUUGCCCCUGGAGCACCCCCUCCGGCACCUCCUCAUACCAGUCACCCAUUCGGAUCAGUUCUUGCCCCUUGGUCUUUUGGGAGCAGCCUUGCUUUUGGUCAACAGUCAGCCCCACCACCUCCCCCUGCCUUAGACGAAGAUUCAUUUGAAUUUGUCCCUGUGGCAUGUCAGGCUGUCAGGUACUCAUUUAAAUCAUCUGAGCCAAGGGCUGAAAAAGUAGACAAAGGGGUUUUAAGGAGAAGCUUGGAUUUUGGUCAGCAGCCACCCCCACCACCUCCCCCAGCCCAAGUCCAAAAACCCACCAUUGCCCCAGGAGCACCCCCUCCGGCACCUCUUCCCAGGUACUCAAUUCAAGACCAGUCAGUUGUCUGGCUGGCUGGGCCUUAUGAGAGCAGCCAGACUUUUACCUCAGUCGAAGAUUCAGUCAAAGGAGAUACUCAGACACUUCCUGUUACGAGGAGGGUUCGGACGGCAGCUCUUCUUGGUGCCUCACUUGGAAGGGAAGCCGAGGCAUUGAAGCAACCAAUACCUUACACUGCCAGCGCUCGUAUGUCAAAAUGGCAAAUAAUAUUCAGUUUGCAGCACCCGGAAGGUUACUGGGAACUAACAAAGCAACUCGGCAGACUACUGAACUGCAACAUUUUCCACUUUGCCAGUGAUUUCCUUAAAAGAAAGGGCAUUGCCUCAUUGGGUUUGAAGGCCCACAUGGACAUCCUGAAAUUACUGGCGACUCUGCUGGUUUUGCAACUGAUGAGGCUGGAAAACAUUAAAGAAGGACAGAUGCUGCGUACUCUCUUCUGCCUGGAGGACAGCAUGUGCAGACCUGACCAUUGGGAGGCAGUAAACAAAGCGGUGAAGUGGGUUCGUUGGGCUGAUCGACAGUACCCCUGCAUCUACAGCCGCCUGGAGUUCGGUCUGAGCUGGGACUCCUCCACAAAACAGCUACUUGGGGCAGAAAGGAUCCAUCACUGUUCCCCUCUGAUAGGGCUUAACCUGAACCCCUCACCAUACGAAGGUCCUAUAAUGCAAAAUUAGAGGAAUACUUACUACUACUACUACUACUACUACUACUUCUGUGUUUUAAAUUACAUCACAAGAUUCAAUAAGCCAAUAUGGGGGGGCAGCUAAAAGUAAAAUAAAGGUUUUGGUAAAAAAAUGCUGAUUUCUGUUGAACAUUUGUGAAGAGAGUAUAUGGGGCUUGCAAAUGUUUUUUAAGUGUAAUAUUGAGGUGGCCAAUUAUGAAAUGGGGAGGAAAAAUGUGUUUUGAUUAUAUUCAUUUGAUCAUAUAAUUUUUUGUGCCUGGAUUGACAUGGAUAAGUUUGUUUCAGAGAGGAACUGAUCAGAAUUAUAUGAAGCUAAUUCUAAUGUUCAAAUGGCAUAAUCUGAUAACUGUCAUAUCUUCAUUAAAUAUUAGCAUCCUUAUUGGUGUACUUAUUGGUGUACUAGUGACACAAAAAAUAAUAGCAUUUGUUGUCUUUUCUGUAUAAGUAAUGGAGUUUUUCAGCAUUUCUAUUGAUGAUUUCUUUAUUAAAUAAUUAUCCAAUCAAAAUAUUCAGUUUGCCUGUACUUAUGAAUGAUAAUACG